AUGAUAGCGAAAGUCAUCUUAUUGUGUCUAGUUGCCAGUAGUUUGGCAGAGAAAUGUUGUGUUCCCGAUACCUGGGAAGGAAUUCAACAACAAAGUGUAGGUUCCAUUAAAAAUGGAAUCCCAACUAUGUCAGAGGAAACGAUCACAAUUCACUAUGAUCUGACCAAGAAUGUAGCCGCUUUUGAUGAAUCUGUUACUGCUAAUGGUUAUACUGUAAAAGUCAAGGUUAUCAUGGACUUUAAGGCGGGUACAGAAUAUAUUAUCAGUGGUAAUCAUUGUUCUAAGAAAGUUAUCUCACACACAUCACGGACACGAUGUGUCCCAGAUAAUGCUAAAUUUGAGGGAAGCCAUUUUGGAGGUUCAGGAAAUAACAAAGUGAUGUUCAACUCUUAUUCUUACCAGGCUGCUAAUGUAACUGCUCAUUUCUCCAUGACCAAUCCUGGUUGUGUUCCCGUCAGUCAAAUUAUAUAUGGAAGCACAAACGGAGUCCAGUAUUUUGUCAGUCAGAAUUUCUAUGAUAUUACCCCAGGAGUAAAAGAUCCAACUGUAUUUAAUGUACCAAGUAUUUGUGAUAAUGCUAUGUUUGUCAAGGGACCUUCCUCUACACACGUUGGAAUUCUUGGACAAUAA